CUGCAACCUGGCCUGAACGCUAUGGGUUUCUCUCUUCGCCCUUGUCCUCGCCGCAACUCGACUGCCUCGACCGUCGAAUCUUUCUGCUCCAUCUCGUCGACCUCAUCGCCAUGGUCACUCUCCCCGGCGGCCGCCAUACAUUGGCCCGCCUUACGUACGGUUCCGUUUGCCUGCGCCCUCGCCACCGUCCACGGAUACCGUGGACGGCUUCUCGACACAUGCAUCGUAAUUGAGAAAGUGACAGAGUGCAAGCGCGAAGGCCAAGAUGGAACUGUCUAUCACGGCGCAUGCCAAUGAUGUCUACCUAUAUCCUAUUGACCCCAAGCUACCAGAGAGCGCGCAAGAGCAGCUUCGCGCGGACCGAGCAGGGCCCGCACUUUAUGUUGCGAGCGUCCAUCUCAAGAUCCCGAGCAAUACCAAGCCAAAAGAUUUAAAGGGCAUUAUUCAAAAGCUGGAGGUCAAACUGGAAGGGAAAGAGAUGCUCAGUUUCGCGGGUGGUGCCCACUUGGAGCAAAACACCCCGUUUGAUAUCACGAAAGUGCUAGAAGGAGCCGAUGUCACACUUCCGUCGUCUAGGCUUUUGCGCGCCACACUGCCGGAUCGAAAUACAGACUCUUGGAAAAAGAGCGGAGCUUCCUAUCUCUCAUCACCGCCCAGCACAGCGGCUUCCUCUGCGGGCCCCUCGUCGCCCCAUCAAGAUACACACCAACCGCUCUCGCCGAUCAGCCCGCUAGAGUCACCGGGUGGGUCAUCCCUCGACCAUCAAGGGGCUUCCAACUUGGGCCUCGAACCUGGGAAAGUCUACUCGUGGGACUUCAUUUUUGAGGUCCCACACGAAUCGGCACCCUAUGAACGCAGCAAGCAUGGGCGGCUCUACCAGCGCGUCACGGCCAAGCUCUGGCUCAAAGGAAGGGGUGGCCUGAUAGGCUCAGGGAAAAAGACGCUCACUGCCCAAAAGAAUGUCUUUUUCAUCGCAUUACCCGGUCAAGACGAGUCGCUUGCCUACAGCUUUACACACCGGGACGCAGUCGAACACCUCGGCCCGCUCCUCGUCACUACACGCUCGCAGCACUUGACCGUGGGCGGGUAUAUUCGCACAGCUCUUUCGCUCCCGAACCCGAAUCCAGAGCUGCAGAUUCUCGAAGCUAGUUUGUACCUGAUUCAGACGUUCCAUCUGCACUCUCGCAAACAGGUGCUGAUGCAACCGUGCCAGGCGGACUACUUUCCGAUCUUUGAAUCGAAAGGCAGCGACAUCCUGCGGGAAGAGGAGCAAGCUCAGGGAAGCGACGAGGAGGAUGAUGAGGACGACGAAAAUGACAACGCAUCGAGCGCCAGUAAGCAUGUGUCGUUUGAAGGCAGCUGGAUCAACAAGCUUCCGACGGAUAACAUGGUGCGAUGCAGCGCGCUGCCUGGCAGUCUCUCCGCCAUCAAACCACAGCACCAGUUCCAGUUCUCGCUGAAGUACACGUACCCGGGUAUGCAGGAGGAGCUCGGGAAGCCAUCUAAGCUGUACCAAGCUACAUGGAGCGUCAACUUAGCGAGCUGCGCGGCGCGGUACGAGAAUCUGAGACUGCCGGGCUACUCGGCCUUCGACGACAAGCCGGUGCCGGAAACGCAUCGCGACGAGUGGACGGGUCCGAAUGAGCAUGAGAGUUUCACGCAUUGCGCUUGCGGCGACUCGCUGGAGAAACUGAUCCGCGUCGAAGCUGAGGCAGAGCGCGAGCAGCAGCAUCGGCUGGCGGAAGAUAUUCGGCAGGACAUUGAGCACAUGCGUCUCGCGUCACGCUCCUCGUCGCGGUCCAACUCGCGUGCGGCGUCGCGCUCCAACUCACGCGCACCGUCACGCUCCAACUCACGCGCACCAUCACGCAGCGUCUCGCGGAGGCCGUCGUUCAAUUGCUUGCCGACGGGCACGAGCGGGAGCGGGUGCGUCGGUGCUGGCGCUUGGCCCGCGUCUCCCUCGUUGUCGCGCUCGCCUUCGCUGUCACCCUCUCCCGGACCCGCUGCUGGUGGUGCUCCCGGGCCGUCCGCCAUCUCGGCUGCCGUGCGCUUUGCACCGAGCCACAGCAAUGACCGCAGUCGAAGUCGCGGUCGGAACACCAGCAGCCGCGCUAUGGCGGACGACGGAGACGGCGAUGCAGACAGCCAUAGUGCCAAUGGUCAAAACCAGGGCCAGGGCCAAAGCGAGGGCGAGGGCUAUGGAUACGGCUACGGUUACGGCUACGGCUUGGGCUACGGGCAUGAGCGCGGGGAGAUGGACUUGGUGAUGCGCAGGCGGAUGCGUGAGAAGGAGCGCCAGCUGUACGAGAUUGUGCCGCCCGAGGCGAGUUGAGGCGCAUAGCCGUGCGGGGACUACGGGGUGAAUGGAUUGGAUGGGAUCUUGAUGGCAGCACGCACGAAACUGCUCGGCGCUGCUGCCCAUCAUCUUUGCGCUUCCAGCAGCAGCAUCGGCACGAUCAUAGCAAAGCAACCGUCACCGUCGGUUUGUUUGUUUGUUGUACUUGUACCCUUUGCCGAGCAACGAUGAUGUCUUC